UUGGAAACCCUUUCUGUAAAGUUUUUGAGACCCAAGACUUAGUAACUACUAACAUAGUAAUUACUGCUUCCCUUCUUCAACAAUUGUGUCUUUAUCUGCUUCAUCUGUUUUAAAGGCUUUUGGUAAAAGCGAUACCCAAGUUAAUUCUGCACAGAUGCAGGCAGACAUGGAUGAAAAGGAAAUAUCAGGUGGUGUGCCAGAGCAUUUAGAGACAAAAAAGAAUGCAUCCACAGAUGUACUGGAGCUGCAGAUUAUAUCACUGGAAAAGCAGAGGCAAGAGCUUUUGAUGGUGAACAAUCAAUGGGAUCAACAAUUUAGGCAGAUGAAGCAGUACUAUGAAAAAAAGGUCACAGAACUGAAAGCAAAACUGGAAGUAAUACAGAAGAGUGUCAGGGAGCUGGAAAAAGAAAAGCACCAAAUGCAGAAAGAAUGCCAAAGACUGGAAGCCCUGGCUAGGGAUCAACUUUUACAGGAAACGAGAGACAAAAAUAUCCUGAAGGAAGAGAACAGUCUUCUGAAAGAAGAAAGUACCUUGGCAAACACAAAGAAAAUGCAUUACGAAUAUGAAAUUAAUCGCCUGAACAAGGCCCUUCUGAAUGCCAUGAACGAUCAUAAUGUCUCCUCACAUGUCCCUAACAUGGAUGAAGUAGACCGAAAUUGUGUCCAGGAUGAGAUGCAGAUGCAAAUGGAAGUUCUCAAACAACAGGUUCAAAUAUAUGAAGAAGAUUUUAAAAAGGAAAGAUCUGAUAGAGAAAGACUUAAUGGAGAGAAAGAAGCACUGCAGAGAAUUAACAAGAGAGUGCAGUCUCAGCUGAAGAAACUAAAUUCUGAGAUUAAAGACUUACAAGAAGAAAAAGAAUUACUUGAGAAGCAAGUAAAGCAACAGGCCAGAGACAUCCAGGCACUGCCAGGGCCGCAUGGUUUUCCACAUCAGAUGUUUGUUCCUCCUUGUCUUAGCUGCAGGAAGUGUGGGCUGCAUCACCCUUACCCUGAACCUCGGAUAACAUUGGCCCCAUGUGGCAUUAAUAGAACACUGCAGCCCUCAGUAAGUCAGACUCCUGUCAUUACUUCUACUUCACAAAGCAGAAACAGUCAAAAACCAACAUUUCACAACUCAGAAUACCAUAUUCUGCGAAUACACUGUGAGGAAAAAUAA